AUGGCUAGCUGGGCAAAUCAGACCGAGUAUACAGCGGCACAGAACUGCUCUCCGUGCCAGCUCUCACUUCAAAAGCUGCAGCUUUCCUCACCAUUUAGCUACUCGGACGAUGAUGCGGCUGACUUUGCGUCCUUGACAGCCAGCUGCAGCGCAACCACCUAUACCUAUGCCACACCUACAGCGUAUGCAAUCAAUGCAACUACAGCUACACCUACAAUGACCCACACAUGUGCUGGGGGCUCCUAUCAUGUUCAAGCAGACGACUCUUGUGUGUCAAUCUCGGGUGCCGUCAAUGUUUCCACAUACGAUCUGAUCUCGUCAAAUGCCUUGGACCUGGCUUCUGCUAGCGUGGAAUCCUAUCAUCAACUCCGGCUGUUCCAAUCUAGCUACCUGGCGGGGUUGGUUUCUUUUUGCAAGGGCACUACGCCGACAACGGCAGCCCCAGUGCCCACCAACGCACAGGGACAGUCUAAUACCAAUUGCGCGGAAUGGUAUCUUGCAGUGGGUAACAUUGCAACGUACCCGGCUUACCCCGUCACGACGCCUUCGUACACCUUCACGAAGGCACCUUCGACAACAGCAUUUACUCCAGUACCCAUUGCUACGCCUCCGCUGAAUCCGAAGGCCCCAGGAACGUGGACUAAUUGUACAAUUUAUGGAAAUGCUUUUAAUACAAAGAUCGCCGAUUAUGAGAGCCUCAACUCUUGUAGCAGCUGGUCCAUUAACUUGGGUUCCACCGUCGAGCAAUUGAUUCACUGGAACCCCAGCCUUGACCCGCAGAAUUGUGUUCUGGAUCCUGCGUAUAGCUACUGCCUGAUUUCCGGCGAGCCAAAAGCCCUCUUCAACUGCUCCAUGUUCCCCGGCCUCUUCAACGUCACUGUCCCUGAAGUGACCAGCAUGAAUCCCUGGCUCGGAACAGACUGUGACAAGAACCUAUGGAGCGCCCUCUCUAGCGACGGAUACUUGCAACUAUGCGUGCAGCAGGGUCAACGCAAUGUAACCACCUCUACUGUACCAUCCACAACUGCAACCGCAACCGCAACCGCCACUACUACAACCUCGUCAACCGUUGCUACGCCUCCGGCCCCGACCCAACCCGACGCUGCUGCUAACUGUACGAACUGGCACACAGUUGUUUCUGGAGACGGGUGCCAGGCGAUCGCGGCAAAGAACGGCAUCUCUUUGUCGGACUUUUAUUUGUGGAAUCCGGGCAAGAGGUCCAAAGCUACGACUCCCGCAUCGCACUCGACACAACCGCCACAAUCGCCGGCCCCUGAACUACCCCCUUCACCCCGCCAUCCUCCUGCUUCGACAUCCACACAAGAACCUACCUCGACUGGUGCUCCCGCCUCGAAAUCGGCUGCCAGGGCCCCUACGGCAACGACUGCUGUCCGGACAGGUGGCUCGAAAACGUCUACUACAGUCCCGGGAUGUGUCCGUCGGGAUACUACGGCUGCACACUCCCGACUCGAAAGAGCGGCAGGAGACGACGAAUGUCUGUUGUCCGGAGCGAGGCUGGUGUUGACGAAGAGCAGACACUUCGACUGCGCAGGCGAACAUCUCUGCACGAGACGGUUGAAUAACCGCCAGAUCCUCACGUACGUGGACUCGACGGCCUCGACGCAGGUCACUGCUUAUGCGGUGACCGCUACACCGAUCCAGAUACGCUUGCGGGCUGCAGAGUCGAGUGUUGUUCCUGUGAUCGGGGAAAUAAAUGGACUGGCGAAUACUUGA